UUACAAAGAGCCUGCUGUCUGAAUCGACGACGAUGCUGAAGAUUCGCGAUUAGUGUUUCCGCGCGAAUUUUCUUCCAAACCGCGCCUCGUCGAUCUUUCUUGUGAACAUUUAUGAGAUAAACAUAAGAUUAGAAUUACGAUGCGUUUGCUAAUUGUCACUUUGCUUAUAUCGCUAUCCGCGAUCUAUGCCGAAGAGAUAUCUACCGGUGUACCAAAUGAUAAUGCAGAGGAAUCGAUUCUCCGAGUAAGAAGCUUGCCACCAACAACUAGUGUGGUCGAAAAAAACUGGACCAGCCUGUCGGACACGCUGGACGUUUUCAGUGCGCGUAAUUUAGUAAGAAAUUGGGCCGAAGGAAAAUACGCUGUCGGGGUGCAAUGCAGCAAAGAUAUUACAACGUACGUCGAAGCUUUGAAGAACGAAGAAUUAUGGGCUCUUAAAGUGGACGAUGCAUCGGGCAGAUUUACCAAUGGAUUCUUUUGGGGAAACUCAUACUUUAUCGGAUCAGCCACUGAAUGUGAGUACAUUGGUCAAGAUUACAGUCGAAAGAAUCUCAAAAUUGGUACAGAGUCGUCGAUCGAAGAGGUACGAGAAUUUAAUGCCGAGCCACGAAAAGUAAUUAAUGCGGGCCUCAGCGGAAACAGUAUGUGGGCUCAAACAGAUUCCGAUGAACUUCCUUAUCGUCUAGGAUUCUACAUGAUGAGACUUUCUAUAAACGCGUCUCGAUAUACAACAACAAGAUUGAUUCACCUGGGUGUUUGUCUGCCAUUCUCGUGCUCCGCAUCCGACGUCGCCGUGAUCGGGAAACUCGCCGCGGGCGAAUUCGCGGCGAAAUACUCGUUAAUCGAAAAAGUCAGAGAUCAGCACAAUUUAUACGACAUGUACACAGAUCCGGUCUUUUGGGUUCUAUUCGGUGUCAGCACGAUUGUCCUGAUACUGAUGAUCCUCGGCACCGGAUACGAUUAUUAUCUAUCGGAAAAAAUAGCCUGCAAGAAAAACGUAAUCUACGAUUUGGAGAAGCACGGGAAGCUCGAUAAUCUCACCAAUGGCAAUGGGAAAGUGUUAAAUGCUGUACAAGGUAAGGUCUACCUUCCUGUUCCAGUAGCAGAUUCUAGCAGCAAUAGCGCGCAGCCGAUUAAUAAUAACAACGAUCGUGAGAAUGGCUUGCAACCUACGUCUACCACGGAAGGACGACAGCUUAAUGUCCCCGAGGAACUUUUGCUUUCGUUUUCCGUUCGCGCCAACAUGAAGAUCAUCUGCGACCGUAAUGUGGGUGGGGACACCAUCAGCACCGUGCACGGGCUCAGGGCGAUAUCGAUGGCCUGGGUUAUCCUCGGGCACACGUGCAUCGUUCUCUUCAAAUACUCGGACAACAUGGAAUAUCGCAAGGUUGUGGAGAAGAGAUUUCUCUUUCAGACCAUCACGAACGGAGCUUUCAGCGUCGACACCUUCUUCUUCAUGGGCGGUCUGCUCGUGAGCUUCCUAUAUUUCAGAACCAACGCAAAGGGUGACCUGAAGAGGCUCACACAGGGCACGCGAGGCUUCAUCGCGGGCACCCUGAAGUUUAUCGGGCUUCUUAUGUACAGAUUCUGCAGGCUUACCGCGCCGUACAUGUUCGUCCUGGGUCUGGUUGAGAUCUCGAUGAAGUAUUUCCACACAAACUCCGUCUUCGAACCUCCCACGGCGGAUCAUUACAAUUGUCCUAAUUACUGGUGGAGAAACGUGCUCUAUAUUAACACUUGGUUUCCCGUCGAGCAAAUGUGCAUGCUUUGGAGCUGGUACCUAGCAGACGAUACACAGUUCUACAUAGUGGGUGGUGUCAUACUAGUAUUAGCUACGACUCACUUCAAAAUCGCAGCUUUCGCAUUAGUCAGUCUAUUGGUAAGCUCGUGGGUAACUACCGCCUAUGUUGCUUUAGUCAAUAAUCACAUGCCGAGCUCGGAUGACCCGUUGGCCCUCUUCGACAAGAUCUACGACAAGCCGUGGACGAGAUUAGGUCCUUACUUGAUCGGGAUGUCCGUCGGUUACUUCCUCUUUAAGACUGAUUGUAAAGUGAAAAUGUCCAAGACUACCAUCGUCGUGGGAUGGCUCCUGUCUUCCGCAUGUCUCUUAAGUUUGCUUUACGGUCUAUACGAAGCAGAACUUACACCCGCUACAUCCGCUGCGUAUUCUUCGUUAAGCCAUAGCGCGUGGGCACUCGGUCUAGCAUGGAUCGUAAUAGCGUGUAGCACCGGUUACGGAGGAUAUGUAAAUAAAAUACUGUCGUGGCCACUUUUGUAUCCGUUCAGCAGAGUGACUUAUUGCGCUUACUUAGUUCAUCCGCUUGUAAUUCGUCUGACCGCUAUGAAUCUAGAUUCGCCGUUUCAUUUAGGGAAGGAUAUUGUGGCUUUAACAUUCCUGGGACAAUUAGUGCUGUCUUAUGUGUUCUCCUUCAUAGUGUCGGUCACCUUCGAAGCACCGGUAGUCAGUAUGCUGAAGAUUCUUUCACCGAAAAAGCGAAGGCGUGUAUAAUAAGAAAGAUUAAAACAUAUUUAACACACACACACACCGCUCGUACGGUUAUUUAUACAAUUUUAUUUACAUAUAUUAUGUAUGAGUUUUGUAAAGAUCUGCGAAACAAUGGCAAAAUAUUGUAAGUGUUAUUAUACAUUGUAUUAACACCACUUGUUUCAUCUGUCUCAAAUAUGUAACAGCAUGGACUUUUCUGUGUAUUGCUAAAUGUAAAAUAAAUUAUUUCUCUUUGUAUAUA